CCUGAUAGUCGAUUUUUUUCCUGCAGCUUAUGGCUGUCAACACUGAAUAGAAUUCUUUCGGAGUGUUUUGUCAUUUCGGUUCGCUGAGGCGGAUUUUAAAUCUUAGCCAUGGUGCGUAUGAACGUAUUGAGUGAUGCGCUUAAAUCAAUUCACAAUGCUGAGAAGCGCGGUAAAAGACAAGUGCUUAUCCGGCCUUGUUCGAAAGUUAUCGUCAAGUUCUUGACUGUGAUGAUGAAGCACGGUUAUAUUGGCGAGUUUGAAAUCGUCGAUGACCACAGAGCUGGCAAGAUUGUUGUCAAUCUCACCGGCAGGCUGAACAAAUGUGGAGUCAUUUCACCCCGCUUCGACGUUCCGAUAAAUGACAUUGAGAGGUGGACUAACCUGCUACCAUCACGACAGUUCGGUUACCUUGUCUUAACGACAAGUGGUGGCAUUAUGGAUCAUGAGGAAGCCAGAAGGAAACAUCUUGGAGGCAAAAUUUUAGGCUUCUUUUUCUAAGUUUACUCAAUAUAAAUGAAAAUGUA